AUGGAUCCGCGCUGUAUCCCUGAGAGAAUUUUCAAUCUUGACGCUGGAGAAGUAGCCGUCCAUCGGAAUGCUGGUGGAAACAUUCGUGACACUCUACGGGAUAUUAACAUUCUAGACACCCUUGUCAAGCUCAAAGAAAUUCUCAUCAUUCACCACACUGACUGUGGCACGCUCCAUGUUACCGACGAGCAGAUCCGUGCUCGCCUGAAGACUUACGUGGAUAAGGACAACUGGGCCGAUAUAACAAAGAUGAACUUUGGUGCAAACACUAAUAUUGAAGAAAGUGUCAGGGGUGAUCUUGAAUGGUUCCGGGCAAACCCGCUUGUGAGAGAGGAGCUGAAGCAAGGCUGCCAGGGGUUUGUUUAUGACAUCAAAACUGGAGAGUUGAAGAAGGUUGAGACUGUUUAA